GAUUGACAGUGAGGUUAUGUUGGCGCGUUUUUUGACGGCUGCCUUUGAGUGAGUGGUGGAUUGUUGUGCAUAUAGAGUUCAUACAAAGUGUUAAAAAUUACCUAAAACCCUAGCUCCUGGGCUAGAAUUCCGCGCCUCAAGACACAUCCACGGUGUGGUAUUGAUUAGCAGUGUGGUACACGCUUGUUUGUUACUGUUUACGCGUUAGCCAUGUUCGGUGCAAAGCCUGGAGGCUUUGGUCAGCCUACCACCAACACGGGAUUUGGAACGUUCGGGACGAACACGGCGGCGGCAAGCCCGUUCGGGCAAACUACUGCAUUCAGCAAACCGGCAACGGGUGCGUUUGGUGCGACUCCAGCCUUUGGCCAACAGCCCACGACAUCCCUCUUCGGACAAACGCAGCAAGCUGGAGGACUGUUCGGGGCAAGCACCAGUACAGCACCCGCCUUUGGUGCAGCAACGACGCAACCGGGGUUUGGCGUUUUCGGUCAGACACAACCCCAAACAACGUCAUUAUUCGGCACGCAAAACAAUACCGCUGCGAACACGUCGAUGUUUGGCAAUAAUAAUAAUGCAUCGUUCGGUGCGGCUAAACCGGGCGGUUUUGGUGUUUUUGGCCAACCGGCCACCCAAACGACGUCCCUGUUCGGCCAGUCCACCACAAACAACACGGCCACGUCGGGUUUCUUCGGUCAAAACACGCAAACAGCUGGAGGUUUGUUUGGUGCGGCCAAACCCGCCUUCGGUGCAGCAACGGUACCGGGUGUUGUCGGUGGCAAUGGCACUGCGGUGGCCAAAUACCAACAAACCCACGGUACAGAUACGCUCGUUAAGAAUGGCCAAACGACCACCGUUAACACGAAGCAGCAUUGCAUUACGUUCAUGAAAGAUUACGAAAACAAAUCGGUCGAGGAGCUGCGGUUCGAAGAUUAUGCAGCCAACCGGAAAGGUCCUCAAGCGGGUGCACCCGGUGCCGGAGGUCUGUUUGGAGCGGGUACACAAUCGACGGGUCUUUUCGGUGGUACGGGCGCGACGCAAUCGACCGGUUUGUUCGGACAAAAUCAAACCCAGCAGACCGCCGGUGGGUUGUUCGGUACAUCGACCAACACGUUCGGUGCCACUACGACUCCCGCGUUCGGUACAACAGCGGGUAGUACGUUCGGGAAGCCAUUCGGAAACAAUCCAGUAGCAACAUCGGCACCGGGCUUUGGUUUCGCCCAAUCCACUACCUCUACGCUGGGCGGCGGUCUCGGAGCAAACAAACCAGCGUUCGGUGCAACCGGUACGACCGGCGGAUUGUUUGGGCAAACGGCAGCUCCGGCGACGAGCACCUUCGGACAGACAUCUUUCGGUGGAUUUGGCGCGCAGAACACGGCCACCCAGCCGGGCGGCUUGUUCUCAGGUGCGGGAGCUGGAACGGCAGCUCCAGGAGCUGGUGCGUUUGGUACGCUGGGUGCUCAGUCAACACCGUCUAGCUUCAAUUUCGGUACGAACACACAAACCAGUGCUGCCGGAUCGACACUGUUCGGGGCGAAGCCUGCCAACACAUUCGGUACGCUCGGAGGUACAACGUUUGGACAGGGAGCAACGUCUAAUGCACCCACGUUCGGGCUCGGGACAAACACAAACGUCGCUGGUGGUAAUUCAUUUUUUGGCAAUACCUUCAAUAAGCAAGCCGCACCAACAUUCGGCCUGGGGACAAACACUGCAACCGGUGGCGGAAUAGGGGGAGCAACCGGUGGACUCACGUUCGGCACUGGGUCAUCAUCCCUGUUCGGUAAUACGGCAGCUAAGCCGGGUGGAUUAGGAACGGGAACUAGCCUGUUCGGUAAUACGUCCACCCUCGGUACCGGAGGUUCCUUCGGAGCAAUGAACAUGGGAACAUCGUUCGGAGCUGGUACUGGUGCCGGUGGCCUCGGUAUGACAAAUCUCGGUGGACUCGGCGCUAUGGGUCAGGGUGCAGCCGGACAGCAAACCGUACCUAUUCAUCAGCAAAUCCUUGCCAUGGCAACUUCCCCGUAUGGUGAUAACCCCAUCUUUAAGGGCAUCAAGCCGCUGGCUGGACCGUCGGAAGAAUCACUGAAACCGACAAACCCUUCGGCACAGAAAGCGAUUCUGGAAGGAUCCAACUAUCAGUUGAAGAUAUCUUCACGUAACGGAAGUACUGAUCGCGUGAAAGUUAAACCACUCGGUGCGGCACAGCUAAAGAAGUCGAUUUUCGAGGGUCUGGAAGAGUACGAUAGCACACUGGAGGAUAGCUUUACGCUAAAACCGAACGCGAAGCGAUUGAUUAUCAAACCACGUUCUACUAAAUCGACGAUCAUAAUUCCUGAAACGAUCGGCGGUGGUACCCGUGAACCACAAUACAAUCUUUCCGGUGGUUCAAACGCGUCGAACGUUGGGGACGAUAUUCCGACACCGACGCGCCAUUCCGGGGUUGGUGAAUCGUUCCGUAAUCAGAUUCCGAUACAACCAACCGAUACGUUGCCAUCGGGGAAAUAUCACCAGCAGCAAUCGCAAGGCACGGCCGAUAGCAGCAGACGAGUGUCUUGGUUGCAGUCAAAUGUUCUCGAUAAGGUGCGCCAGCAGCAGCAACAGCAAGGCAACAAUCAGCGCUUGUCGGAAUCGGUGUUGGACAACACGAUCAAAGAGUUUGCCGCGUCGUCUUCAAAUAUGCGAUCAGAACGAGCCAGCUUGCUUUCUACGGGUCUUAAUAGAGAAGAAGCGGGAGAAUCAGAUGAUGCCGGCAAUGGUGCAAGGAAGGGUCUCGCUAAGGACAAUACAUCCAACACAUCACCUGUGCUAGGGAAUCAAACGUUAAACGAUAGUUUCAUCUCAAAUCGUUCCUUUAUGAACGAAACAAGCGUAGGUGCCGGAAUUGGAACGGAAUUAUCUACGUCCGUCGCUGCCGUAGUGGAGGAUGCCGAACCACAUCCCACAGGCAUCGUGUUGCGUCGCGUAGGCUAUUAUACCAUUCCUACGCUUGAUGAAAUUGCCCAGCUAAUGGAUGAGGAUGGUCAUUGCGUUGUCCCGAACUUUACCAUAGGUCGAAAAGGUUAUGGUAACGUUUACUUCAACGAACCGAUUGACGUUGCAGCUCUGAAUCUGGAUGAGAUCGUCCACUUCCGCCACAAGGAAGUGAUCAUAUAUCCGGACGAUGAGAACAAACCACCGGUUGGAAGUGGUCUUAACCGGAAAGCUCAAAUUACGCUCGAUCAAGUCUGGCCGCAUGAUAAAACGCUGCACGAACCAAUUAAGGAUCCGCAACGGUUGGCUCUGCUGGAUUACGAAGGGAAGCUGCGGCGUGUGUGUGACAAGCAUGACACACGAUUUCUGGAGUACCGACCCGAUACGGGCAGCUGGGUGUUUAAGGUAGAACAUUUCUCCAAGUAUGGUUUAAGCGAUAGUGAUGACGAAGACGCAACACCAACCGAUCCAAAGAAGGUGAAAAUCAUGCCGACUGCACAGCAGCGCAAAGAACUGCAGUUGCGCGUGAAAUCUCCCGGUUCAAAGCAGCAGGAUAAAGAUGGUGAAAUGACCACUACCUCCGUACAGGAGAUUAAUGACCUUCAGCAGGGAAAGGCUACUGCGUCGUCGGAUACAGCGGCCAAUAAUAAUGCGACCCGCCAUGUUGUUGCGUUCGAGAAUGGUGAUGAGGAUGAUUAUAAUGCAUCACCGUAUGGUGAUGAAAAUAUGAACUUUUCCACCCAAUAUUUGCGAGAUAAUCCGACCAGCCCGACAGCUGCUAUCGCAAUGGAGAUAGGUACCGAUCCACACAAAAUACAGCUCAUGAAGGCGUCCUUUUUUGCCGACGAUGAAUUCGAUGGACGCUCUGUAACUUCGGAGUUUGGGCACAGCGAAGGAAGGGACAGUCCCGAUCAGAUUGUGCCCAGUGCGGCAUCACGAUCGAAUACCAACACCGCUGGAGCGGGCAGAUUGCUGCUCCAGAGUCUAUAUAGCAGCAACAGUGCGAGCACUGUACUGCAGCGCAAGUCACACGCAUCAGGUGGUGUAAUGCUGAAGGUAGAUGGAACUCCCUCGGUGGGCUUUAGUCCGGGCAGCCUCAUGAAAACAUCUACUGCUAAAAAUAUGCACGCCGGUUCCACGUUGAGUUUGUCGUCGUCCAGACAAACGACAGCAUCCAAACAGCAGCAAACGGCGGCAGCAGGCGUACAGCAAACAACGUUGCCCCCCAUUGCGCGUCCGACCGGUCCGCAAGCAUUGCCGCUUGCGUUGAAACCAAAAAUAGAAUCGCUGCAUCCGAUCAACAUUGUGAUACCGCUGUCUAAAUCCAUCCUGCGCCGGUUCCUGAACAAUAAAUCGAACUUGGCCUUCUUUCAUGGACGCAAAUUUAAAGUUGGCUGGACGUACGGCAACGCCAUGGUGCAGCUAAACACGCGGGACAACUGUGCCGAGCUGGUGCGUCAGUUUGAAUCCGUCACCAGUGGAACAUCACCAGCUUCAAGAGCGAAGCUGCUUGGGAUCGAAGCGGUGAAACCAUUUUUCCUCGGACGCACCGAUAAUGAUUUUUCGCCUGCAGCUCUGCAGCUGUUACGCGUCAAAUCGACGGCCGAACCGAUGCUGAUCGAUGAUGAUACCUUUGCACGCUCGGUUGAGGGUCAUUUGCGCGUGCAGUUGCGCCACUGUGAGCGACGGGAUGCUAUGGCGAGUGAUUGUCCCCAGUUGAUAGCAGGUGGUAAAUAUCGAACGCUUGAAGAUCAUCUGCAAGAAGCCCGAUCCUUGCUUGAUGCCACCAACGAGCAGUACAGUGAAUUGUGUGCACAGGUGUGGGCCCUACUAGCCGCCCUUUGGGGAGCAAGAGAAGAGCUGGAAGGAGUAGAGGAAACCCGUCAUCUGAGCACCAUGUUCCGGCGAGAUUUAUUCUCCGAGUGGAUAGAGGACGUUGUAACGAUUCGCUCGCAAAAGAGCGUCAAUCGGGGCGAGAAACGCGACUAUCUAGAUCAGCUGCUCGAGCUCAUCCACACGCAUAAGGUGCUUGAAGCGUGCGAGUUGGCCUUCACCAACGAUGACAUUAAUCUGGCAAUGUUGCUGGCACAGAUUUCCGGUGGACCGGUGGUGCGGCAUCUGCUGAAACAUCAGCUUACCUGCUGGCAGGAUUCGGAGUCGGACAAGUUUAUCGAUCCGCGACGGCUGGAAGUAUUUAUGGCGAUAGCGGGCAUACGCAUGAUGAGUUCGUCGCACGGUUGCAUCAACAUGCUAGAGCACGUCGAUUGGUUGGGUGCGUUGGCGCUUCAUCUGUGGUACAUUUGUCCACCGACCGCUUCUAUUACUGACGCGCUGCUCAAGUACGAAGAAGCGUUCCUUUCAACCGAAUCCUUCACCCAUCCCCCAUUGCCACCGUACCGGGCGCGGUAUGUACAGAAAGGGCCGAACAAUGGCCCAAUACAUGAUUUGCGCUUCCAUCUGCUGAAGCUGUACUCGAAACGUAGCCAUCCGCUUGAACCCCUGCUCAAUCCGGCCUCACACACGGCCGAUCCAACCGACUAUCGACUGAGCUGGCUCCUACUGCAAGUGCUCGAAACGCUUGGAUAUUACCACUGUUCCGAGUUUUAUCGCAGUAAGAUCCAUGUCGAGUUUGCUAGCCAGCUCGAAAGUCACGGUUUGUGGCAGUGGGCCGUAUAUGUGCUGAUGCAGCUAAAUGAUCAAGUCCAGCGUGAACAGUCGAUUCAACAGAUACUAUACCGCUACAUACAGCUUGUGCCGGAUAGUGCCGGCGAGGAUGAUGACAGCGUCGAGAUGGAGCGGCAGGAUUAUUUGGCACGAGAAAACUUUAUCGUCGAAGAGUUGGGCAUACCGGAAAAGUGGAUCUUCUGGGCGAAGGCAGUCCGAGCGGGUGCCGUAUUCGAUUACAAACAACAGGCCCACUAUCUGCUGCUGGCUAAGCAGUGGUCUUUGGCGCAUGAUAUCAUAUUGCAACAGCUUGCACCGGAGUACGUGAUGAACAAUAAAAUUCCCCAAUUGAAGGCCAUGCUGGAUGCCAUCGAGGACCCCAAACAGAUACCGGAUUGGUCUACAAAAGGUCAAAUUUUGGUUGAUUUCAUUGAGCUUAAUGAGAAGUUCGAACUACUGAAGGAUGUAAUGGACGAAGAAUUAAUUCAGCACCGGUUCGAGAGUCUAAAGCCGAAACUUUCCGAGCUCUGCUCGGUGAUUAAAAUGUUCCCGUGUCCCACACCGAAACACACACUGCUUCAGAGCGAAAUAGCGCAACGGUUGGCCUACCUGAUUCGCACACACUUCGCCGAUGACCCGCAGAUCAGUGGCAGUACGCUAAUGCGCGGCGCACUCGAGCGAUUACCCUUGCCAGAGGAGCACGUGCUGGAAGAACUAGACCACAUGCUGCGUGCAUUCUUGAUGGAGGAGUUGAAACAAAAGUGAACGAUUCGGAAUCGAGACCGCAACAGUGAAGCAUAGACGUAAGCUAAGUUAGCAUGGUUGAUUUACGGUUGUAGGUCCUCGUGUAAGGAACUAUUUUGUUUUCGUCAACUAGGCUAAUGAUUGAGCAUAGUGUGGCGGUAGGUGAACCGGUGGGUUGCAUUCCGUGUCCGUAAUGGAUCGUUGGUGUACAUUACGAUUGUAGUCAUUACGCUUGUUUGCGAUACGAUUUUGUUGAUCCCAUGCAGCUUCGUACACCACGCUUGAAACCCACUUUAAAAUUAAAGUAUAUUAUCGAAAGGAAACGGUUCGGGUUCCGCGGUACAGCUAUCGCGUGCCGCAAAAUAUGUUCUUAUUUCAUGUUAUACUACUAAGUGACUGUAUGCGAUAUAAAAUAACGUAAAUAAAUAAUGAACAGUGGAAUUGAAAUUGUUGUGUGUUUGUGUGAUUGUGUUAAAGGAAAACAGUUUGUAGCACGUUGCGG